GUCGGCCAACGGCCCGCCUGGGGGCGGGGCUGGGCCGGUCGGGCGCGCGGGUCAGGUGGCGAAGGGCGGAGUCUGCGCGGGGUUGGGCGGAGCCUGCGCGGGGCCGGUAGGAUCGCGUCGGGAGCCGGUACCGAGGCCCGAGCCGCGGGAGCCGAGCGAAGGCAGCGCCGAGGCCGCGGUUUCCCCCUGGGCCUCCCCAGCAGCAGCCAUGGGCAUCAAAUUUUUAGAAGUUAUCAAACCAUUCUGUGCAGUUCUACCAGAAAUUCAGAAACCGGAAAGGAAAAUCCAGUUUAGAGAGAAGGUUCUAUGGACUGCUAUAACGCUCUUCAUUUUCUUAGUGUGUUGUCAGAUCCCACUGUUUGGAAUCAUGUCAUCAGAUUCUGCAGAUCCUUUCUACUGGAUGAGAGUUAUUCUGGCUUCCAAUAGAGGAACUUUAAUGGAAUUGGGUAUCUCCCCAAUUGUAACAUCUGGUUUGAUUAUGCAGUUGUUAGCUGGAGCCAAAAUCAUUGAAGUUGGAGAUACGCCGAAAGAUAGAGCUUUAUUCAAUGGAGCCCAGAAACUGUUUGGUAUGAUCAUUACCAUUGGGCAAGCCAUUGUGUAUGUCAUGACGGGGAUGUACGGGGACCCUGCAGAAAUGGGUGCCGGGAUCUGUCUCCUAAUCAUCAUUCAGUUGUUUGUUGCUGGUUUGAUUGUGCUGCUGUUAGAUGAGCUGCUACAGAAGGGUUACGGCUUGGGGUCUGGGAUUUCCCUCUUUAUUGCCACCAACAUCUGUGAGACCAUUGUCUGGAAGGCCUUUAGUCCCACUACCAUUAACACUGGCAGAGGUACUGAGUUUGAGGGUGCAGUCAUAGCUCUGUUCCAUUUGUUGGCCACCAGGACGGACAAAGUCCGAGCUUUACGGGAGGCUUUUUAUCGGCAGAACUUACCCAAUCUCAUGAACCUCAUUGCUACAGUUUUUGUGUUUGCUGUUGUUAUAUAUUUCCAAGGAUUUCGCGUUGAUCUGCCCAUUAAGUCGGCCCGCUACCGAGGACAGUACAGCAGCUACCCCAUCAAACUCUUCUACACCUCCAACAUCCCCAUCAUCCUCCAGUCGGCCCUGGUGUCCAACCUGUAUGUGAUUUCCCAGAUGCUGUCUGUUCGAUUUAGUGGCAACUUUUUAGUAAAUUUACUAGGACAGUGGGCCGAUGUCAGUGGGGGAGGACCCGCACGUUCUUACCCAGUCGGAGGCCUUUGUUACUAUCUUUCUCCUCCCGAGUCCAUGGGCGCCAUCUUUGAGGAUCCUGUCCAUGUCGUUGUUUAUAUCAUCUUCAUGUUGGGGUCAUGUGCAUUCUUCUCUAAGACAUGGAUUGAAGUGUCUGGUUCCUCAGCCAAAGAUGUAGCUAAACAGCUGAAAGAACAGCAGAUGGUAAUGAGGGGCCACCGAGAUACCUCUAUGGUUCAUGAGCUUAAUAGGUACAUCCCCACCGCAGCUGCGUUUGGCGGUUUGUGCAUUGGCGCCCUGUCGGUGCUGGCUGACUUCCUGGGGGCCAUUGGAUCUGGCACUGGAAUUCUGCUAGCAGUCACUAUUAUUUACCAGUAUUUUGAAAUAUUUGUUAAAGAACAGGCCGAAGUUGGUGGGAUGGGUGCUUUGUUUUUCUAAAUGUUCAAAUAUUUCAUUUUGUGCGUGUGAAAGGGAAAACACUUUGACGGAUCGUUUUUGUCAGAUGACACUGGUGGCUCCCCUUUUCUCCCCUCACAGUUUCUUGUUUCGAGUGCUGACUGACCCGUUUCUGAAAUGGGCACCGAGCUAAGUCUGUGUGCAGCAUUAGUACCCGCUGCCUUAAAACUCAAGUUUACAUUAUUCAUUAAAAAAAGUACAUCUAGUGUUGCCUGUAAUGCUGGAAACCAAUGUAUCUACCUUGCUGUGUUAAAUCAUGACAGUGAGACGGUGAGAUGGAUUCGUGUUGCACACAACACUCAAAACACUUCAUAUUGCCCCCACUUGUUUAAAAAUAAAUGUAGUUCAAAUUGCCACUUUCCAGUAUUUUUGAGCUUAUUUAAUGAGUUCUGGAACAUUUAUAUCUAAUCUAUAUUUUAGAUAAUUACUUUUUAUACUUUUUUAACUCAUGGUAUCCCCACUCCCCACCCCCACCUCAUUUUUAUUUGUCCCUUCUCAAAGCAGCCACUUAGCCCACAUGGGCAAAAUCAAGUCUCCAGUUAUUUCUGCCACAACUGCUUCUAAGGCCUCCUCCUUCUCCUCCUCCUCUUCCUCCUUUUCCUUCUCCUCCUCCUCUCUUCCCAGUGACAGCAUCAUCGUGCUGUUUGCCUGUAUUGGCUAUGCCUUCUAACUCCAACUAGUCACUUGAGAAUAUUCUUUCAAGAUUCUAGGCCCCGAUUCUUUUCUGUUUGUUUAAAUCCCUAAAGCAAAGAUCUAAUUCUCAGGCAAUGUCUGUAGUUCAGUGGGGGUGAACGAUGAAUAUAUUCAUGCUAGGAAUUUGUGUCUGUUGUUGUACUCACAGCAGCAACAUGAGUGUAAACAGUAGACAAUAAACUUUUAUUUAAGAAAACUGA